AUGUUAUCAUCAUCUCAAGCAGAUCCAUUAUUAGUAGCAGUUACAAAAGAACUGAUAUAUUAUGGCUAUUCAUUUAUGUUAAUUUUUGGUAAUAUUGGUAAUGGUCUCAAUGUAGUUCUUUUUCUUCGAAAAAAAUUACGAACAACAUCCUGCAAUAACUCUUCAGCAUUUUCUAAUUUGAUUGCACUGAAUGUUUCCAUUGUACCAUUACUCUACAUGGAAAGCCAACAGAUCGAAGAAACACUAUUAUUUUGCAGACUACAAGGCUAUAUCAUGAAUGCUGCCCUUCAAAUGUCUCGUUAUUUAAUUCUCAUGGCAUCAUUUGAUCGAUUUGCUCUCUGUUCAACAAAUGCUUAUCUUCGAAAAUUUUGUAAUGUACAUAUUGCUCGUCGAUAUAUAAUUCCUUCUAUUAUUCUUAUUUGGCUUAUUAUUUCUCUUCAUGUACCGAUUUGGAUAACUUUUGAAGACAAUGUUUGUGGAUUCAUCGGAUUAGUAGCAAAAUAUGAAAUUAUUUAUAGUAUUAUUAUGAUUGGUAUAAUACCACCUGGUCUCAUGUUUCUGUUUUCUUUAUUAAUAUUUCGUAAUCUUAAAUUACGACAACGUCGUCGACAAAUUCAUCCAUUUAUUAUUGGAAAUUCAAUUCCACCGAUAAACAGAAAUCGAUAUGCACAAAUAAGAGAUCAACAUGUUUUAGCAAUGUUACUCGUACAAGUUUUUGCUUAUGUUGUUUCAAGUACUCCAUAUACAGUAUCUAUGUUUUAUGUUGUUUUAACUACGAAUCAUGAUAUCAAUACAUCACAUGAAUAUGAAUCAAUUAUAACAUUCAUUGUAUAUAUCACCAAUAUGCUUCGUUUUAUUUGUCCAUUUAUUUCGUUCUAUUUAUUUAUACUUGUUUCACGAUUAUAUCGAAGAGAAAUGGUAUUAAUAGUAUCAAGUGUUUAUCGUCAAUGCAUUUUUUUUUGGAAAAAAACUGAGGAUAACAUUCAUCAUCGUCAUAAUGGAACUUUUACGCGACAUGUCAGCCCAAUUACAGGUAUUAACCAUCAGCAAUAG